GAGACGGUGCAUUACCUUGUCACUGUGUCUGACCAGAUUUUUCCAUAUCCACUCCACAAUCAUUAAUCCUCUACUCCGUAUCCAGAAACGUUUUUCCGAGCUGUUUCAAUGUGGGCCCCCGGUGCACAUAGUAGUACGGGCCCGCUCCAUAUUUCGCACGCCUCGUCUUGGUCACCCCUCCCUGGAUAAAAGGCUGGCUCGUUCCCUUCGUGGUACCAGACCUUGUUUGAUAUCUUUCUCCUCUCCCUCAUCCUUCCUGUCGGUGGUCUCCAAACCCGAUCCGUUGCCUUGAACCACCCUUCCUCUCUAUCCCUAUCUCCUCCUUUCCCCUCUAUUCUAUAGACCACCAACAAUACCAUGCACAUCCACGACACCCUCCCUGGCUCAUCAUCCGGGUCCGACCUGGAAACCUUUAACCACGAGCCCAAGAAAUUCGCCCACCAAGACCCCGAGAUAUGUGUCAACCACACAUCGGAGAUAGCCGUCAACCACGGGCUCGAGAAGCCCGGCCCGAUCAGCUUUCGCGAACGGUUACGCCAUUUUACCUGGGCCUGGUACACCUUGACCAUGAGCUGCGGUGGGUUGGCUCUCCUGAUUAUCAACCAGCCCCAUGACUUCAAGGGAUUGAAGGAUAUCGGCCGGGUCGUCUACUGCCUCAACCUCUUCUUCUUCACUGUCGUCACUUCUCUCAUGGUCACCCGGUUCGUCAUGCACAACAACUGCCUGGACUCUCUCCGCCAUGACCGUGAGGGUCUCUUCUUCCCGACCUUCUGGCUCUCCAUCGCCACCAUGAUCACUGGUCUGUACAAGUGCUUUGGUGAUGAUGCGUCGGAGAAGUUCACCGUCUGUCUCGAGGUCCUCUUCUGGCUGUAUACGGGCUGCACCUUGAUCGCCGCCGUCGUGCAGUAUUCCUUUGUCUUCCAGGCCCACCAGUACCACUUGCACAGCAUGAUGCCCUCCUGGAUCUUGCCGGCCUUCCCGGUCAUGCUUAGUGGUACUAUUGCCUCGGUCAUUGGAUCGGGCCAGCCUCCCGCGUCCGGAAUUCCCAUCGUUAUUGCCGGUACUACUUUCCAGGGACUCGGCUUCUCCAUCAGUUUCAUGAUGUACGCUCACUACAUUGGACGCCUGAUGGAGGUCGGCUUGCCGUCUCCCGAACACCGACCCGGCAUGUUCAUCUGUGUCGGACCUCCUGCCUUCACUGCUCUGGCACUGGUUGGUAUGGCCAAGGCGCUGCCCCAUGACUUCUCCCUCAAUGGUGAUCCCACUGCGGUGAUCGACGGCCGUGUCAUGCUGUUCCUCGCUACCAGUGUGGCCGUCUUCCUCUGGGCCUUGAGUUUCUGGUUCUUCUGCAUUGCCGUCGUGGCCGUCGUCCGCUCCCCGCCCACUUCGUUCCACCUCAACUGGUUCGCCAUGGUGUUCCCCAACACGGGAUUCACCCUCGCCACCAUCACCCUGGCCAAUCAGUUCGAUAGCGCCGGGGUGAAGGGCGUGGCCACCGCCAUGUCGCUCUGUGUCAUCAUCAUGUUCAUCUUUGUCCUGGUCAGUGCGGCCCGGGCUGUGAUCCGCAAGGACAUCAUGUACCCGGGUAGAGAUGAGGAUGUGUCUGAGUGAUCUACUCGCUGCCCGUUGAUACUUUUCUUUCCCGUUCUAGCCUCGCCAUGUUUGGCUUUCGACUAUAUACACUUGCAUCUAGCGUUGG